UCAUCGCGCAGUGCUGCGAAGCGUCGUGUGCGGGUCCGGUGUCAACAACACACGUACAGGGGAGCAGGUGAAUGCCGGCAAAACAAACUUUCUGCCCUCGGAGGACCUACGAAAACGAUACUGUGAUUUAAAAGUUUCAAGACGAGCGCAUAUCACCGACAGGAUUUGCUUGAUCACAAGUCCUAGCCUCCAAAGUGCACCAACUGGAUAGUAAGCCAUGGCAACCAUUGUGCCCAAACUCUCCAGCGGUGGUGCUAUUAAGAUCCGCUUUACAAGCAUGGACCUUGGCACCACCAGAUGGAAAGAAGGAACUUUUGAGAUUCUGGAAAAGGACAACAAAGUCAGCCUCUGUCUAAGGUUCAACUGUGGUGGAGCUUCCAAAACUUUCCAGCUGAACCAGAACGUAAAGAACUUUACCCAGAAUCUAAAUCGAAUCAUGCUGACUUUGAAGGACAACAGUGUAAUCACCUUGGAUAAGAUGCCCCAAUCUUUGGUUCAGAAGACUAAAGAAUACCUGGAAAAGUUGAAGCAAGGAAAGCCAAUCUUAAAAUCAUCCCAUGGAAGUGCAAACUUCAGUGUGCUUGGGAACCGCUCUGUGAAAAAUGACACCAAUCCGUCAGGGGAGAGACAGACAACACCAAGGCGGCAGAGUGCAGAGGGCCGGGACGACACAACACCACGGAAGCCUUUGGGCAGUCCGAGCAGAGCAGCAUCCACUCCCACUCGCACUGGACUCUCUGAGAACAGGAGUGAAAAGAGAAAGAGGCUCCUUAAUUCUGAAAGCGAUCUGACUGAGGACUACCCUAAGGAAAAUGACUCUUCAAGCAACAACAAGGCCACUUCAGACCCAUCUAGGAAGUUUCUUCUGAGCUGCAAAGAGAAGCUGAAGCAGACAGAAGAGAACAGGAGCUCAGUUCCACUGGGUUCAACUCCUCUUCAGCCAUCAUCAUUCUACGGCAGCCGAUCUGUGACUAAAGACUACAGCCAGAACCACUCUUUUCUGGAUAGACCAUCCAGUACAUCACAGACCACCACAGCCAAGAGAAGCCUCAUGCUGCCCAACCACUCCACUCCCUUCAAGAAGGUACGCCCCUCUCUGGACUACGGUGGCUGGAACAAGCAGAGGCCCUCCACUCAAGCACAGCCUCAGCCCCCACUGCAAGGUUUUUCCAACCUGGGCAACACUUGCUACAUGAAUGCCAUCCUGCAGUCUCUCUUCAGCCUGCCUUCCUUCUCUAAUGACAUGCUGAGGCAGAGCAUUCCGUGGAAGAAGGUGCCCAUCAAUGCACUACUCAGGCGUUUUGCUCACCUCAUGGUCAAGAAAGACGUGGGCUGUCCAGAGACAAAAAAGGACCUUUUGCGGAAAGUGAAGAGCGCAAUCUCCACCACAGCUGAGCGCUUCUCUGGAAACAUGCAAAAUGAUGCUCAUGAGUUCUUGAGCCAGUGUUUGGACCAGUUGAAGGACGAUGUGGAGAAAAUGAACAAGAGCUGGACAAAUGAAGCUGUAGCCUCCUCCUCGUCCUCAGCAGUGUGUGAGAACGGCCAGGAGGCAAUGUCAUCGUCAGUCAAGGCGGAGCCUGGUGAAGAGGUGGACACCACUCGCAUCUAUACCUGCCCUGUGGCAGUUAACAUGGAGUUUGAGGUGCAGCACACCAUUACCUGCAAAGGCUGUGGCGAGGUGGUGACCAAACGAGAGCAGUUCAAUGACUUGUCAAUUGAUCUACCACGAAGGAAGAAAACCCUCCCGCUUCGAUCCAUCCAAGAUUCUCUGGAUCUCUUUUUCAGGAUGGAGGAAAUUGAGUACUCCUGUGAAAAGUGCAAUGGAAAAGCAGCAACUGUUACACAUAAAUUCAGCAAAUUGCCCAGAGUGCUCAUCCUCCACCUCAAACGGUACAGCUUUAAUGCUCAGCUGUCUCUGAACAGCAAGCUGGGCCAGCAGGUGGUGAUUCCCCGAUACCUGACCCUACUGUCCCACUGCACUGAAUCCACAAGGCCCCCUGUCAGUCUUGGAUGGAGCUCUCAAGCCUCCAUAUCCAGAACACUCAAAACCUCCCAGUCAGUCAACUCUUCCACUGCACCUCUCCGAAGGAUUGGAGGGAAAGUAGUGAACUCCAGCUGCACCUCUAUCCUCGUGGACUCUGACUGUGAAGAGGAGCCUAACCGAAGAGUGAACGCAAGCCGCAAGCGACGCCUCAGCAGCUGUCUGCCUGAUGAUGAUGACCGACCAGAGGAGCGGGGGACAACACUGGAUUCAGGAGACUACAGUGGCAUAAAUGAUGACGAAAUGCUGGAUGCAGUGCUGGAGAUGAGUCGUCAAGAAGCUGGACUCUCUGCUCCACCUCCCCUGGAGGAUGAGCCAACCAGCAGCCCAGACACAGGGUUUGGAGACACAGAUGCCCACGAUCUGGCCUAUCACACAGAUCUGUUGGACACAGACAACAAACAGCCUGCAGAUGUGCUGGAUUCCUUGGACUUGACCAUGGAUGAGAACAAAGAGAACCAGACUCCAGAUGGUGUGCAGCAGCAGGGCGAGCUGGACUGGGUUCAGCAGUACAGUCUGGAUCAGGAGAGGGAGGAACAGGAGCUGCAGCAGGCUCUGGCCCAGAGCCUUCAGGAGCAUGAGGCCCAAGAGAUGAGAGAGGAUGAUGAUCUGAAGAGGGCCACUGAGCUGAGCUUGCAAGAGUUUAACAACUCCCUGCCUGACCUGUUGUGCUCUGAUGAUGACUCUGGCAAUGAGGAUGUGCUGGACAUGGAGUACACUGAAGCAGAGACUGAAAACCUUAAGAGGAAUGCUGAGAGUGGAGACUUAGCCAACUCUUUUAGGCUCAUCAGUGUUGUCAGCCACAUUGGGAGCAGCUCCUCCUCUGGCCACUACAUCAGUGAUGUGUACGACAUGAAGAAGCAGUCCUGGCUGACGUAUAAUGAUCUGGACGUGUCACGCACGCAGGAAGCAGCGGUCCAGCGAGACCGUGACCGCAGUGGAUACAUCUUCUUCUAUAUGCACAAGGAUGUGUUUGAACAGCUGUCGGAGAUGGAGAGAGCUGGAGCCAGUAGCACUUCAGAGGCAGGAAGGAACGUCCUGCAGCCCCUCUGAGCGCUACAUCUUUGGACAACCAUCCACACACAUCCACAGCUGAACUCUGCUAGAUGGAGCUCUCCUCUGAACAACUUUGAGUACUACUGAUUGCCGUCCUUUUUGGUCGUCUUCAGGCACUUCUUCUCCUCUACAAAUCACUAAAUGCCAGGCCUCAGUUAGCACCUGUAAACGCCAACACGUGUGCUAAUCUGUCAAGACUCUUUAAGAUACCAGAAAUGCAGUUAAAAAUGUUCAGUGGAUCAAAAUUUGCCUCCAUGUUUUUGGGGCUGAAGUUUUUCUUUGCUAUGAUUUUAUCAAACAACUGUUUUGUAAAGGUUUUUUCUUUGUUUCUUGAUACACUUCUUUAAACUUUAAUGCCAUUCAUUCAGACUUUGGCUUAAAAGCAUCUAUCAAACACCAGGUGCUACUGGUGAUUCGUGGAUUGUAUGUUUUGCAGACCCUUUAUUUCCCAUAUUAACUAAAUAAAGAUAUAUUAUAUGUUGGAGUAUAAGCUAUUAUAGACUAAAAGGGUUGUUGUAUUUAGCGGGUACAUUGGUGCAAUAUUUAUGUUCUGGCACAGAUUGGCCAAUUCAAAUCAGCUUUCUGUCAGAGUGUGUGGAUGUUUUCCCAGUUUCUUUUUGUGCCUGAUUUAUAAGCUAAUUUGUGUGUGUGGCUGUCUUCAUAUUUUACAGAUCUAAAAAGAAAUCAUUGAGUUCAAUAGUAACAUGGCCUGUAUUUACUGAGCUUUUCUCAGUAAAACCCAAUUUAUUCUUUUGGGGUUUUAACCUUGUGCCUCCCAAGAAAACUUUUAUAAAUAUGUGUACAAGCUUUAAUUUGAAAGUUGCACAACCUUGUUGUUUUUUCAAUGUUUGUCAAACCUCAACAAUGUGUAAGUCAGAUUUUCUCUAUAAAAAGCCAACAGAUUUUUCUAUUUAUUACAGCCUAAGGUUGAUGUAUCUUAAUCAACCCCUCAAGAUACACCAUGGCAAAUAGAAGUCAUUAAUACUAGACCACCAGGGAAACUAGCUAUAGCGUUGUGUCUUUUAUUUUAUAAUCUUUAAGGCCAGUAUACAGUACUUAAUACCUUAGACCUCUGCUAACCUGUUAAACUAGUUCCUAUCAGAUGUGCUUGAAUAUAGACUAAAGCCAAUGGGAGUAUUUUGGUAUUCCUGUUUUGGUUUUAAUGCUAGACACUGGUUGUACAGCUCUUUCUUUGUUAGCACUGUAAAAACAAAAUCACAGAUAAGUAUGCCGUGGCUAAUGUGCAACAUUGAACCAUGGUGUCUGCUGGACUUUCUCCUCCCUCAAGAGCUACAUCAUAUAGCAUAAAACCUGAGUAGUUAAAAAAAAAUCUGUAUGGAUCCAAUAUGAUAUUCUUGAUACCCAGACCUAUACAGUUAGGUUUUUAGGAAGUGUCUAGCAUUAUUAGCUAACUUCCUGGAACUAAGGUUUUCUGUUGCACCAUGGACAUAUACCCGUUUAUCAGAGUGGACAAAAGUUUGUUUUUUUUAUGUCCGCUUAGAAAUUACAUUUCUGAGACGUGGCACCUUCCUGAACAUCCUGUCCCACAUCCAGCAUAAAGAGGGUAAAAUGUAUUUGUGAAGUAAGAAUGAACAGCUUUUUCUACCCUUCAUACACAACUGACUCUUCCUAAUACAGAUUUUAAUAAAACAUUACAGUGAAAGUG